AUGGUUAUAGUAUUCAUUACCAUUACUCUAAAAUACUUUAUGUUACUAAUACAUCAAGCAUUUAUACAAAAUAUGAUAAAAUAUAUAGAAAGAGAUUACAGUGAAGAUAAUAAUUAUUCAGAAGAAGAUAAAGAAACUAUUCUGAAAUAUGUUAAAAAAGGUGGCAACGUUUGCAUAUUCUGGCUUUGUGCCGGUUUUGGCACUUGUGUCACAUUUCCUUUGAAAGCUUUCGCUUCUAUGUUCUAUCUUUACUGGAAAGGUGAAUUCAGACUUGUACCUAUGUUCGAAAUUACUUUUCCCGAACCAAUAGAAAGCUACAAGAACUCAAUUGCAGUAUUUUGGAUAUGGUUUGCGAUGACUUUCCUGUUUGACCUUUACGCCACAACUAUGAACGUAGGAUUUGACCCUAUUAUACCAAUAUGUAUGUUGCAUGUAUGUGGCCAAACAGCUUUACUGAGUCGACGUUUAACCAGAAUAUUCGCUGAAAUUGAAGACCCCAAGGAAAUACAAGCUCAACUGAGAUUCAUCAUAAUAAAAGUGCAGAGUCUUUACGACUUUAUAGGUGGUAUCAAGUCAUCCUUCGGAUUAUUAUUUGAGGUGAAUAUGAAAUCUACUACUUUUACGCUACCACUUAUUGCGUUUCAAAUCGUGGAGAGUGAAAUUUUUCGUCAAGAAAUAUAUGCUUCUGGGUGGCAAAAAUGUUCAGACGUAUCUGUGCGCCACACCAUAUUAUUGAUGUUAACAAGAGCUAGAGUGCCAAUGGGAGUACGAUCUGUAUUCUAUGAGAUGAGCCUUGAUACAUUUGCCGAGGUAAUAGUUAUGAAAGAUGUGCCGCCAAGGUUACGGCAUCUUCAAUUUGAUGAAUGCGGCAUGGGGGUAGUCGAUGAGCUGUAA